AUGGACAAAGAAGCAGAAAAAGGUGAAAGGCAUAAUCAGUUUGUGACUGAAUUGCGAGAGCAAGAUCGGUGGCUUCCGAUUAAUAAUGUGGGAAGGCUGAUGAAGAACACACUGCCAGUAACGGCCAAAGUUUCUAAGGAUGCUAAAGAGUGUAUGCAGGAGUGCGUUUCCGAGUUCAUCUCAUUUGUGACCAGUGAAGCGAAUGAUAGAUGCGCUGCUGAUAAGAGAAAGACCAUAAAUGGUGAAGAUAUCUUGAUUUCACUACACGCCUUGGGAUUCGAAAACUAUGCUGAAGUACUAAAGAUUUAUUUAGCGAAAUAUCGUCAACAGCAAGCAUUGAAAAAUCAAUUAAUGUACACAAGAAGAGAUAGCGGUAGUGAUACGGAUAGACCUCAGGAACAGGACACUGCUGUUUCGAAUGAAAGUCUCGAAAUCUCAGCGCAGGAAAAAGUCCAUGAGGACGAAACCGUCAGCAACAACUCUAAGAAAGUGGAUGAGGAGCAACAAAAUGUAUUAGAAAUAUACGGUGAAAAUGAUAAGUCUCCUACGCCAGGUUAUAUAAAACAAGACGGAAAGUUAUAUAUGUAG